AUGGGAAAAGAAGUCCAGCCGAAGCCGAAGGCGAAUGUCUCUUCUUACAUCCACUUUUUGCUGAAUUAUCGAAACAAGUGCAAGGAGCAACAGCCAAACACCUACCUUGGGUUUAAAGAGUUCUCUAGGAAGUGUUCAGAAAAAUGGAGGUCCAUCUCGAAGCACGAAAAGGCCAAAUACGAAGCCCUGGCUAAGCUCGACAAAGCCAGGUACCAGGAAGAAAUGAUGAAUUAUGUCGGCAAGAGGAAGAAACGGAGAAAGCGAGACCCCCAGGCGCCCCGAAGACCUCCCUCGUCCUUCGUCCUUUUCUGCCAAGACCACUAUGCCCACCUGAAGCGGGAGAACCCCAACUGGUCGGUGGUGCAGGUGGCCAAGGCCACGGGGAAGAUGUGGGCCGCAAAGUCGGACGCGGAGAAGCAGCCGUAUGAAGAGAGAGCAGCUUACCUGAGAGCUAAGUAUUUUGAGGAACUGGAAGACUACCAGAAGCAGCGCCACGCCAGGAAGAAGAGCCUCCGGGUGAUGGCCAAGAAACGGCGCCGAGGGCGGACAGGCAGGCAGAGAUGA